GCCGUUGAUCCGUCGACUCCUUCGUGAUCGGACGGCACAGAACACCUUCAGACCCACCGUCUCCGCGUAGGCUCGUCGACUAGGCCGCACUCGCACGCUCCGUUCGGCACCCCGACCGAUCGCAGAAGCCAGAAAAGGAGGCCGCCUCAGCCUCGCCCCCUCGCCGCCGCCGCCGGCGAUCUCCCUCGCCCGCGUCAGUCGAAUCGCCCCUGCUCUUCCUCCCUAGUCGCCGACCUCGGCCGCCUCCCGGAACCCUAGCCUCGAUUGAUCGGUUCCCAAUUUCAGUUUCACUCCCCACCUCCACCUCAAUUCGUGGCGCGGCUAACCAGCGCGAGCCCUCCCGGUCCUCGCAUGCGCCCGUUGGAGGGCGGGGCUAUGGUACCCUCGCGGGGCCGCGCGGGGCUCCAGUAGGUGAAGGAACUGAAGGUAGGGGGGUGAAACACUGAAACCCUAGCUGCGGCGGGCGGGGAUGGCGAGGGAGCUGGGGCAGCAGACGGUGGAGCUGGGCGCCGUGGUGCAGCGGGCGGCAGAGGAGUCGUACCUUGCGCUGCGGGAGCUCGUGGAGAAGUCGCAGGCGGAGGCCGAGGGGAAGAGUGUUGGCGGCAGCGCCUAUGGCAGCCGGCAGCGGUCCGACGCCGAGAAGAAGAUCGACCUGCUCAAGUUCAUCGCCCGCACGCGCCAGCGCAUGCUCCGUCUUCACGUUCUCGCCAAAUGGUGCCAGCAGGUUCCUUUGGUCCAUUACUGUCAACAGCUUGGAUCAACUCUCUCCAGCCAUGAAACAUGCUUCACCCAAACAGCUGACUUGCUGUUCUUUAUGCAUGAGGGGUUGCAGCAAGCUAGAGCUCCUAUGUUUGAUGUUCCAUCUGCUAUUGAAGUCAUGCUUACAGGGGGUUAUCAGAGGUUUCCAAGAUGCAUAGAAGACAUAGGAAAUCAAAACAAGCUUUCCCCAGAUGAAGAAAAAUGUGCUCUGCGGAAAUUAGACGCUAGCGUGCGGCACAAAGUUCUUGUGACACCAAGACCUAAAGAAGUAUCUAGUGUUUCAGUAACCAAUGGGAUAGCUGAUUUUCGUGUGGAUGGAGAGUUUAAAGUUCUUCUUACAUUAGGUUACCGUGGUAAUGUAGACUUAUGGAGGAUAUUGCAUGUGGAGUUACUUGUUGGUGAGAAGAAAGGCCCUAUUAAGCUUGAAGAAAGUAGGAGAUUUUCUCUUGGUGAUGAUAUAGAAAGAAGAAUGGCAGCUUCUGACAAACCCUUCGCAGUGCUAUAUGCCAGACUUCAUGAAUUCUGCAUCACGCUUGCAAUGGACACUGUUAUUGGGCAGGCUAAUGUUCUUCGACAGGGGACGUGGAAAGAUGCAAUAAAAUCUGAACUUGUCUCCGACAAGACCACCGGACAAAUUGGGAAUAGUGCUCUAAUGCAGCUUGGUCAAGAUGGGGAAUUCGACCCAAGUGGUUUUAAGAUACCUGGCCUAAAACUAAAUUAUUGGUUAGAUGAGAAAAGCAGUAGCUCAGCAGAAUCUGAUUCAUCUCUGUUCAUCAAAAUUGAGGCAGGGCAAGACAUGCAGAUAAAGUGUCAGCAUAGUUCAUUUGUACUUGAUCCUUUUACAGAUAAAGAAGCUAAUCUUUCUCUUAAUCUCAGCUGCAUUGAUGUUGAACAACUCAUUUUGAGAGCAAUUGCUUGCAAUAGGCACACACGUCUUCUUGAUAUUCAGAGACAACUGUGCAAAAAUGUUCAAAUAUCUCAGUCCCCAAAGGAUGUUGUCCUUAAACGAGGUAUGGAUGUAGUGAAGGACCCACAGAAGAAAGCAGAGAAGAGAGGCUUUUCAGAUUGUUGUGGAAAUGAAGUGCUUCAAGUAAGGGCAUAUGGUCAAGCAUAUAUUAGCCUUGGAAUAAAUAUCAGGACUGGCCGCUUCCUCCUACAAUCAUCGGAAAAUAUAUUACCGCCUUCUGCGCUGAUAGAUUGUGAGGAAACUCUAAACAGAGGAAGUACUGCAGCUACAGAGGUUUUUGCAAGCUUGAGGACCAGGAGCAUCCUCCACCUAUUUGCAGGAACUGGAAGUUUUUUUGGCCUUAAGGUUUACCAGCAGUCUCAGUGUACUCUGAAGAUUCCAAAGAACAUAUUACAUGGUUCAGAUUUGAUGGUCAUGGGGUUUCCACAUUGUGCAAACGCCUAUUAUCUGUUGAUGCAACUUGAUAAGGACUUCAGGCCUAUUUUCCAUUUAGUUGAGACGCAGUGUGAUGCUAGUGAUAAGGCUAAUGCACAUGCAGAUGCUAAAGAAGCUAUAAGGUUUAACAAGAUUGAUGUUGGACAGAUGCAAAUACUUAAAAAUGAAUCCAGUACCAAUCCUUUUGAUGUUAAGCUGCAGGCCCUACAAGGUAUAAUGAACUGUGCUGACGUCAUCGAGAAUGGACUUUCCAUCCAGAAUGGAAUUGAGAGUCUUCCUCUACUGCCUGCUUCUUCACCAUCUUUUUCGUCUAUUGUUGAUGAGGUUUUUGAAUAUGAACAUGGUUCUAUUGCUGCACCAAAUCAUUCCGUGCCACUAUCUAGUUUUCCAUCGACUUCUUGCCCAAGUUCUCUUUCAGUUGGUUUUCAUGGAGUAAAUGCUAGAGCUGUCUCACCAAUGCAUGAUGGAGGCUUAUCUCACACCCAAGCUAAUAAUACUUCAAAUGUUCCUGCUGGAGUUAGUAUGAACAGUUAUUUCUCAAGUAAUUUGAGACAUUUACAAAGUACAAACACCUUUUCUUCCUCAAGCCCUUUAAGGAGUUCAUCUGCGAUCAAGUUGUCAGGUUCUAAUUCUAAUCAUGACCUGAGCUCACUGAGCUCUCCUAGUGACCAUGGUAUUGCAGAUGGAAGUAAACCACUUCAUUUUGUGCCUUCAAGAAAUAAUAACAGCAAUCAAAUCCCUGCUCAAAGUUCCUAUUCAGGCAGUAUUGGAAACUCUUUAUCUGGUCAGUUAGUUGUUCCUUCAACUACUGCAGGAGGAUUAGGCAAGCUCACCACCAUAGGUUCUGAUGGUGCACCUAGAAAACGUUCUCUUUUAGAUUUCUUACUGAGUCUCCCAUCAUUACGAGGUCUGGAAUCUAGUGAGCCAAGCAAGCGAAGAAAAAUAUCAGAAUCAAUGCAGAAUCUCCUUCAUUUGCAGGCAUACUCAUCUAAUUUGCAAUCAAGAGCCAGCCUCAUGUACGACAAUGUUCUUGUGGGAAGAAAUAAUUGUGUUCCAGCCACUAUAUAUGCUUCUGUGCUACUGCAUGUCAUAAGACACUGUUCACUAUGCAUCAAACAUGCUCAACUAACUGCUCAGAUGGAUUCUCUUGCUAUUCCAUAUGUGGAAGAAGUUGGUCUCCGGUCUCCAUCCUCUAAUCUUUGGUUAAUGUUACCUUUUGCUCAAGAUGAUUCUUGGAGACAUAUAUGCUUGUGCCUUGGUAAGGCUGGAAGCAUGUCUUGGGAUGUUAGGGUAAACGAUCCACAUUUCAUGGAACUUUGGGAACUCAAUGGAGGAAGCACCACAACACAAUGGGGUGUUGGUGUUCGCAUUGCGAACACCUCUGAGAUGGAUUCACAUAUCUCCUUUGAUGUCGAUGGUGCUGUUUUAACUUACAGCACUGUUGAGGUCGAUAGUGUUCAGAGACUUGUGUCAGAUUUACGACGGCUUUCCAAUGCUCGUUUGUUUGCUCAUGGAAUGAGGAGAUUGAUUGGUGUGAAACUUGAUGACAAUCAGCCAUCCAUGGAUAUGAAGCCACAAUCUGCUAAUAAAGGUAACAAUGAUGGUGCUGACAAGCUAUCUGAACAGAUGAGAAAAACAUUCAGGAUUGAAGCUGUUGGUCUAAUGAGUUUGUGGUUAAGUUAUGGCACCAUGCCUAUGGUACACAUUGUUGUUGAAUGGGAGACUGCUAAGGAAGGUUGCACAAUGCAUGUUUCUCCCGAUCAGCUUUGGCCACACACAAAGUUUUUGGAGGAUUUCGUGAAUGGUGGAGAGGUAGCAUCCUUCUUGGAUUGCAUUAGGCUGACUGCAGGACCACUACUUGCCCUUGGGGGUGCAAUUCGUCCUGCAAGGAUGCCUGUAACUGUUUCUUCUGGAUAUAGCUACAUGCCAAAACAGGCCAACAUCCCCACCCAGGGGCCCUUAGCAAAUGGUUCAUCUUCAUCAAGCAUGCCUCAUGCACCUGCCCCCUCAAAUGCAUCAGCAGCAGCAGCAGCAGCCCAUUUGAGCAGUCAUAAUCUCCACACUGCUGCCAUGCUUUCCGCUGCUGGACGGGGUGGACCUGGACUUGUUCCCAGUUCAUUACUGCCUUUUGAUGUUUCUGUCGUGCUUCGUGGGCCAUACUGGAUACGCAUUAUAUAUCGCAAGAAAUUUUCUGUGGACAUGCGCUGCUUCGCUGGAGAUCAAGUUUGGCUACAGCCAGCUACCCCUCCUAAAGGUGGACCUUCAGUUGGUGGAUCAUUGCCAUGCCCACAAUUUCGACCUUUCAUAAUGGAACAUGUUGCUCAGGGUCUAAAUGCUCUUGAACCCAACUUCAUGAAUGCUACGCAGGCUAGUGCACACUUAAAUAGCAAUGCUGGAGCUCCACAAUCUGCUCCUAGUGCAAAUCGUUUAAGUGCUACCCCUGGUAUUGCUAUGUCCAGGCCAACUUCAGGUGUUGCGAACCAUGUAGCAGCCAGUUUGAGUCGCGCAGGAAAUGCCAUGUUGGCUUCUUCAGCUCUUGCUUCAGGGAUUGGUGGAGUUCCUGUGCGACUUACACCUGGAACUGGCCUUCCCGUUCAUAUGAAAGGAGAACUGAACACAGCUUUUAUUGGGCUUGGGGAUGAUGGUGGAUAUGGUGGUGGCUGGGUUCCUUUGGCAGCCCUGAAAAAGGUGUUAAGAGGGAUCCUUAAGUACCUUGGAGUUCUAUGGUUGUUUGCGCAAUUGCCUGAACUCUUGAAAGAGAUACUGGGAUCAAUUUUGAAGGACAAUGAGGGGGCUCUUUUGAAUUUGGAUCAAGAGCAGCCUGCACUCCGGUUCUAUGUUGGAGGUUAUGUAUUUGCAGUCAGUGUUCAUCGAGUUCAACUGCUUCUACAAGUUUUGAGUGUUAAAAGAUUUCACCACCAGCAACAGCAAGCUCAGAGCAAUGCUCAGGAAGAGCUAGCAACGGCUGAAAUCAAUGAAAUAUGUGACUACUUUAGCAGGCGUGUUGCCUCUGAACCAUACGAUGCUUCUCGAGUUGCUUCUUUUAUCACGUUGCUUACAUUACCGAUUUCGGUGCUGCGUGAAUUUUUAAUGCUGAUUGCAUGGAAGAAAGGUUUUUCCCAGGCUCAUGGGGACAUUGCUACUGCUCAGAGGGCUCGGAUUGAGCUUUGUUUGGAAAAUCACUCAGGAUCAAUUUCAGCUGAUAACACGGAAAGCGCUUUAGCUAAGAGUAAUAUUCAUCAUGAUAGGGCCCACAGUUCAGUAGAGUUUGCCCUGACAUUUGUACUUGACCAUGCUCUAAUUCCUCACAUGAAUGUAGCUGGUGGAGCUGCCUGGCUGCCAUAUUGUGUAUCUGUGAGACUAAGGUAUUCUUUUUGGGACAACAAUCAUAUAGCAUAUCUAGCGAUGGAUGGGAGCCAUGGUGGGAGAGCCUGCUGGUUGCAAGUUGAGGAAUGGGAAAGAUGUAAGCAGAAGGUUGCAAGAGCUGUGGAGACUGUGAAUGGGUCUGCCGUGGCUGGAGAAGCAGGCCAAGGAAGGCUGCGAAUGGUUGCCGAGAUGAUCCAGAAGCAACUCCAACACUGUCUACAGCAGCUAAGGGAUGGCCCUCUCUCAGCUUGCUCGACUGCAUCGUGAGCUGACUUAUUGGGAAAGUAGCCAAGCCAGGUUAGAGAGUUUUGUUGUACUAGGUCAUUUCCAGUGAGCUGGGUGCCAUAUUCAUCGUGGCGUCUGGCCAUGUUACCACGCAGUUGUGAAGAAAUUUAUCGCAGCUGCUCGCAGGUAUGUUAGGGUAAUCAUUCACCAGGAGGAUAGCCGAUGGUGUCAGUUAGUGGAGGGAUUAGAUUAUAGAUUGAGAAAAUAGUAUAUUGGAGGAGAUUACAAAAGGGGAUUGAGAACUAGAUCUAUUAUUCUUGUUUGAUUAUAAUAGGUGUUGUGUUCUUCUUUAUAUAGGAAUUGGUGACAACAAUCUUAACUAAUAGAUCUUAUCUCUAAUGGGCGCUACAUUAAUGCGCCGCUACAGUAUCCACCGGUGAACAGUAAUUCCAGCACAGAGAUACCUUCUCGACCGAAGUCUUCUUGAUUCAAAUAUCAAAUUUUGUACAAUAAAGGGAGGUGGUCGACCCUUAUGGAUCUUUAUUUAACCCAUCUGAACAUGUAGCCUGUAACAUAGCAAGUGUGGGUAAUAAUGUACCGAGAUGCAGUUGCUCACAUGGAUGAAAAACCUGUGGUAAUUUGUCGUCUGUAUCAUCUCAACUGUUGUAGUCAUCUUCCUUUAUUAUUUACUGAUGUGUAGCUCAUUUAGGAGUGUUAACUUUUCUUCUAACUGUAGGGUGCUGGUGUUGUUGGUGCCGUUAAUCUAGGUAUGGGUACGAGGGGUAUGGUGUACAUUAUAAUUUGGCAUUGGACAUGGACUGACACAUUCUGUUUGUACAAGACAUCCCUAGUUGUGUUUAGAAAGACUCAGACCGCUAAGGGGUGUUGCUUGAAGCUUCUAUGGAUGUUUCUUCUGAAAUUUAUUUCGUGUCUCCUUAAUAAAUGAUGUUUCUGUUGUUUGU